AUGUUACAGCAGAAGCUGUCAGCGUCAAUUGCGCCUAUGACGUCACCGUCAACGACGGAUGAUUCCUCCCGAUCCAGGCCGCUCGUGGGGAGCGUUAAGACCUUUGAGGGUAAGGAUGGAGAGAAUUCUCUUCUCUGGGUGAGAGAGGUCGAGAUGACUCUGGCAUCCGCCAUGCUCCAAAACGAGCAGAAGCGCGUGGCGCUAGCUAUCUCCAAGCUUGGGGACCGAGCGCGAGAAUGGGCAUUUACGUGCGGUGCUUCGGUUGAAGCUGCGUUUCCCUCCUUGAAGGAGCUGAUGCGUCAGCUUCUGCGAGUGUUCUCGCCGACUAAUCAGGCGUAUCGCGUGCGAUUGCGUUUCCUUGCUGCCCGACAAGGCAAGAAGGAGUUGGUGGACUUUGUCCAAGAGUUGGAAACUCUUAUUGCGGGGAUGGCAGCAGAUCCUCUCCCCGAGGCAGUCGCAGUGAACAUCUUUAUGAAAGGUCUCCGCGCUGGCGUGGCCAGAAUGGCAGGCUUCCGCGUGCAUUCGUCUUCUUCUGAAGUAGUGAUGAAUUUGGCAUUGAAUGCCAAAUUAAACUUUAGGCCGCUUCAGCUUGGUUGGAAUGCCCACCGUCAGGGCUCGUCUAGCGGGCCUGAGCCAAUGCGUCUCAGCUAUGCUGCGAGAUAG